GUGUCCGUCGUUCUGCAUCCAUUUAAUUAUCCUCGCCUCCACUCGUCCAAGAAUCCACUUCUACACACUGCAUAUCUAAUCUCCUUUUGUGUUGUGCGACUUUACAUUAUUUAUUUGGUUUUCUCUCUCCCCCCUCUCGCUUUUCUCUAUCAGAAUCAGAAUCAAACUCGCUAUUUGCUUUUUCCCUCAUUGUCCCUUUCUUUUUUUAUUUCUUUCCCCCCUCCACUUCUUAUCAACCCUCUGCUUACUUGCAAAUAUUUUGUGUACUCUAUUUUCCUUGUAUUUUUUAUUACCACACCUUACUCAUCAUCGACCAACCACUUCUUUUCUCCCACCUCUCUGUCUCCCUUUGCUGACGAUGUCCUCAUCUCAUCACCAAACGACACCCACCGCUGUUCAACCAUCACAUAGGCUCUUUGAUCUCCCUGGUUUCGGGCCCUCCUCCAUGAGCACCGCCAGCUUUGGCAGCAGCCCCAACCAACACAGCAACAGCAGCCAGCACGCCACACAUCACUACGGUAACGAGCCCAUGGCCGUUGUCGACGAGGACUUUUACUACCCUCGCGAUCUCGAGGCCAGCUUCUGCCGCGACUUUUCGUGCUGCGGCCUCAUCCUCAACGACCUGCACGAUCUGCUGCAGCACUACGAGGAGUGCCACGUGCGCUUCGAGGACGACGAGGCCCAGCCCGAUCUGGGCGACAACUGCUUCUUCGACGAGGAAUGGUCUCCGACCGACUGCCUGACCACAGGCGUCGGCUCGGACGCCACCGAUCUAUCCUCCUACGGGCUGACACUCGAGCAGCAGCUGAUCCUCAGCGCCACCACAACAAACAACUCUGCAAGCAGCACCGCCGUGCCCUCCCCCACACUGCCCAGCAAAAGCCCAGGGGACCACGCUGCAGGCAGCAAGACCAUGAGGGGCGUCACUGCAUCUGCGGCACACAGCACUACACAAUCGGCACGCAACACGCCGCCGCCGCUGUCGCCCAGCCAGUCUGUCAUGUCGUCUGUCACCGGCUCGCCCCAGGAGGCUGUCAUGCCCUUCUCGCUGGACAUGUCGCUGCUGGCCAGCCGCAAGCGCUCCGCCAUGUCGUUUUCCUCUGGCGACCAUGCGCCACUCAAGAAGCAAACCACAAUGACCAAUGCCGAGCAUGCUGCGGCUGCGGUUGCUGCCGCCACCGCUGUUGCCGCCAACUCCCCCGAGCUAGCCUUCCCGAGCUCCGUGCUUGGCCUCUACGACGACGACAUCAUUGCUGCCAUUGCCUCAGCCACCGAUCCGCUCUUUUUGUCCACUGCCGCCGCCGCCGCUGCCGCCGCGGGCAAUGGCUCGGGCAUGUAUGGCCGCAGGAGAAGCGACAGCGAAAGCUCGUGCGACAGCCUGACAAAGGCUGCCAACGCUGCUGUCAUGGCAGUGUCUGGCGAUAACUUUGACGACGACAUUCACCUGCCUCCCAGCGUCACUGCCGCCAUGGCUGGCGCCGUUGCCGCUGCUGCCGCGGCCAAAGCGCACGGGCUCUUACCGCGCGACGACAAGCCUUACCGCUGCCCUGUGUCGAGCUGCGACAAGGCUUACAAGAACCCGAACGGGCUCAAGUACCACAACCUCCACGGCCACUGCAAUAUGGGCGAAGAGGCGCGCGGCAUCUCAAAGCCGUACAAGUGCCGGGUCCCGGAGUGCUACAAGGCAUACAAGAACCUUAAUGGGCUCAAGUACCAUGUGCAGCAUGCACACUGUGCUAUGAUUCCCUCAAUUAGGGAUUUGCCGCCGAAUGCUACGCCUGCGGAAGUUGCCGCGGCGGUGGCUGCUGCGGCGGCUGCGGCUGCUGCUUCUGCUGCUUUUGUUGGCUCGUCGGUGCCUUCAUCGCCUGUCAUGGGCUCGGCUUCGCCGGCUCCUGCUACACCUAUUAGCUCUACUGCUGCUUCUGCCCCCACCCCCGCCCCCGUUGCUGCCAAUGCCAAUGCCAAUGCUGCUGCUCCCACACAUGUUUCUGCCGCUGCACCUGCGCCUGCCGUCGCUGUGAACAAGCCCGCUAUGCACACGUCGUCCAUGCCUGGCGCGCCGCCCAACGGUGCCCCGCGGAUGGUCAGGCCGCCGAUGGGCGGUCCUAACGGCAACCAGCGCCCAAUGGCCACCGGAGGAAAUCCAGGCGGUCCGCGCAUGAUGCCUCCCAACGGCGGUGUGUCUGGUGCUCCUCGCGCGCCCAACCCCCACUUCCAACAGCAACAGCAGCAGCGCGUCAAUGGCAGCAAUGCCCCAGGCGGUCCUCGUUCUGGCCCACAAAUGAUGGGUCCUCGCCGGCCUGGGCAGCCAAUCAUGGGCAAUGGUGGCCCUCCGCGGCCGCGUCCCAUGGGAGCUGCUGGACCACAGUCUGCGCAGCAAGGGUUGAUUCGUCGUCCUAUGCCUGUGAAUGCUCCCCAUGCUUCUUCUGCGGCGGCACCAUCUCGGCAGAUAAAUACUACUGGUGCUCCUGUGGCUAAGUCUAUGGUCACGCCUAUGACAAAGCCUGCGCCUGCUGCAACACCCCCCGCUUCUGUUUCUGCUUCCGCCCCAACAGCCGCUACUGCACCCGCGACCGUUGCUUCCACCGCCGCUUCUGCUGCCCCCAAGGCCUCUCCUUCUCCUGCUGCCCCUCGGCAACAGAUUUCGGCUACUGGCUCUUGCUAAACAAAAACAAAAAAUCCGUCCCCCCCUUUCUUUUUUUGUAAUACUUUUCCUUUUUUCACUUGUAUUUUCUUUUAUCAAAUUUAUCUAUUCUAACCACACAAAUUACG